UAUGCAGUGUUUCGUUUGGAAAUAACUCAAAGCCAGAAAGAAAACAGGGCAUUGCGGAGGAAACUACAGCUACUGGAACUGAAGGUGGCACGUGAGCGUGCAGAGAGAACAUUGCGAGAGCGCGUCCUCGCCAGUCGUCCCGGUAGUGUCAAGAUCCUCGACCGUUACAGAGGAAUGGCGAGAGGUGAAGGACAUCUCACUGGAGGCCACAGGAGCUUUGUGAAGCCAGCAGGACACAACGUGUGGAGAGAUGACCAACCCAUAGCUAUAGAUGAGGGGAGUGGAACCUCAACCCAGCAUGUUAUCGUGAUAGAGUCUACAGAUGCAGAGGCUGCAGGUCCUGGGGUCAAGCAGGAGAGGAAUGAAGGAGAGGACCCAAGACACAACAGAGACAUCCAGAUGGGAGCAGCGGGUGGAGUGGCGCCCCCUGUAGUCACGGAGGACCUUGCCACCACCACUGCGCCCCAGGCCAGGACCCGACGCAGCAGUGGAACGCUGAACACCGUCCUCACGUCAGAGACAGACACAGAGACUUUAACUGUAGCACAGAGGCUCUUACACACAGGAUCUGACCACAGAUCAGACCCAGAGAGACUGGGGCUGGGGCCACUGGGCUGUCCUCCUGCUCCUGCUUCAGAGUACUUACCAGAAUUUCACCAGAGCCAGAGGAUGGUUCAUUCCUGUGGAGAUGGUGAUGCGUUAUACACUGGCGUUGAUGAUCGGUCUUGUUCUUACGCUACAGAGAUGGACCCUGGCCACAUAUCCUUGGGUUUAGAGACACAGACUGAUCUGUCUAGAGGGGACUGGAACGGAUACAGUAGUAGUGUAUACUCUGAAGGGUGCCUAGAUAAGAAAGGGGAGGUUAUAGUCGUAGAUGAAGUGACUGUGAAAGUGGAGGGCGACGCUCCUACAUGGAAUGCAGAUAGUCACAUAGGAGAUGGACACUCACACAGCAAAAAUUUCUUAGAUUACAGGGAAAGCUUAGAGACAAAUCUAAAUGUCGCCACCCACUCCCCUUUACACGUGUUCAGGGAUCGCGACCCAGUGUCCACGUCAUUGGGGCCUUCCGAUUCACAUGGCUGCAUCCUUUUCGAUCAGGUAUUGAACUCAAAAGACCAAAGUGCCAAGGCGCAGGGAGGGGGAGCCACAUCAGGCAAUAAUAAAGAGAAACGGUUCCUCUGCACAUUCUGUAACAAAGGCUUCAGCUGCUCCCAGAAGGUGGAGAUCCAUCAGAGGGUCCACACAGGGGUGAAACCCUUCAGCUGUACCCAGUGUCACAUGCGCUUCGCCCAGGCUUGCAACCUGAAGAGGCACCAGAUGGUCCACACAGGGGAGAAACCCUACAGCUGCCCCCAGUGUGAGAAGAGGUUUUCCCGCCAGCACCAGCUGAAGACGCACCUGAAGGUCCACACGGGAGAAAGGCCUUUUGUCUGUACGCACUGCGGAAAGAGGUUCUCAGAGAGGAGCUAUCUCAUGAUACACCAGCAGAAAAACCAUUCCACUCUAUAACAUAGAAAAUAACCAUUCCACUCGAUAGCGUCUGACGUUUAGAUCAAACCCUGCAUUAAAGACAUAUGAAUGGUAAUUGUUUUCAACAGAAAAGACCCAUAGAUUAAUACAAACCCAUUAGGCUACAAUACCUCUUAUUCUCUGGCUGUAUACAAAAUUAUAUAUGUCUCCGAAUGGGUCCAAUAAUUGCUAAUGCAGUUGAAGUGUGGAGACAGGCUAACAGACAUCUCAUGGUCUCAUUCCCUUUUCUCAGCCAUUUUCCAUUAUGAAACAAUAACCUACAUUUAUCGGGCUCAAAACCCUUUGUUUUUCCUCAGUGGUCUAGUAGAAAUAUUUUCACCCUCAGUGACAUCUUUGACAAUUCAGGUCUUCGAACUUUUCAAGACCUCAAAGAAUCAUAUAAUCUCCCAGGGACUUCCUUUUUUUUUGCCUUAUGCUCUGCUCGGCUCUCAAAGCCUAUGGAAUACCCUGGGAUUCCCUUAUUGCCACCCCACCCAUUCCCUAGUUGAGACUCUUUUGAAUACUCCCAAAUCUGUUGGCCUGGUCUCCACUCUCUACUCCAAACGUAACUCGACCGACAAGUGUGCACCUGCGGUCACUUCCAUCUGGAACAGAGAACUCCUAGGUUUUGGAGAACAGUUGAACUGGAAGGUGAUAUAGAACAAUGUUUUCUCAUCAUCAAAAACAUCUCACCAGUUAAUUCAUUUAAAAUGUUUUCACAAAUGUUUAGAUACACCAUAUCGCCGCUUUCAGAUGAAACUCUCUGGCGAUAAUCUUUGCAACGGUUGCACUCUUGGUUCAGUCGGGACCUAUAUACAUAUGUUUUGGGAAUGCCCAGUGGUCUCUGGACAUACGUGAAAUACCUUCUUCACACCUUGAUAGAGGUAAAUGUACCUACAGUGCCUUCUGAAAGUAUUCAUGCCCCUUGACUGAUUCCACAUUUUGUUGUG